AUGGAAAAUGUAGAAACAGAACACAGCAAUCCGCUUCAAAAUAAUCCAGACACGAAGAGUCCAGAGUCAUCCGACAACUUUCAGAAGUUCAUUUACGAACUGUUCGAAAAAAAUGGUAUUUUGAACGACUUACGAGCUUAUUUGCGAGGCCACAUUGUAAACGUCUUAAAAUGUGCAAAUUCAGGAGGUAUUAUAAGGUGCCAAAAGCAUUUUACUCAACGGCUGGAAUUGACAUAUCAAGCUAUAAACAUAUUAAUUGCUGAAUAUUUAUUAAAAAUGGAAUUCAACUACACUCUAUCAGUAUUUGUAUCUGAAAUUCCUCUUGCCAAUAUGAUAUUUGAAUUUAAUAAAACUCUUUUAUCAAAUAUUGAGUCAAGUGAUUUGAGUUUUAGAGAGAACGAUAUUUGGUCUGUACUUAAUUGUUUAGGUUUGAGAUGUGAUUCAGAGCAUGCAUGCAAAAUAAUUGAAAUGUAUAAAAGUGACAGAUUACCACUUUUGUUAUGUUUGUUUAAGUGCAUGCCUAUGUAUUCCAAAGAAUCUAUAUUUGCAGAAAAAGAUAACACGUCAGAAGAGAAUUUAACAAGUGACAAGAGCACAGACACGUUAGACGAAAAUUACAAGAGAAGUAGUGAAAGGCGUUUACGCAGAUGUAAGCACUAUGCGUUGUGUGUGACGUGUCAAAAUCGCAUGCUUCGGCUUAAAGAGAAGAAUAGGAAGCGUAAGACGCGGUUUCUUCAGAUGUUUGAGCAACUCAAAUCUGUAUAUGAGUCCGAACUGGAGAUGAUAAAAGAGGAACAAGACAAUAAGAUUAAGAAGUCAAUUGCUAACCACGCCCUACUUCUUCAGAAGCACCGUGAAGAGUUAGAAGAGUCAUACCGCGACCGUGAAUCGGAAUUGCAAAGAAACAUCGAUGAAAAGAAGAAGUUUCUCUGGAAUUUAGCAAAAUCUCUACGGCAGCAGCAUGACCACAUGACUAAAGCUAUGGAUGAUGUGAAGAGCGAGACCGAGCGACUGAGUGCCAAGGAAAUUAAUUUGAAAACGCAAAUACAAGAAGCGGAAAAUCUUUUAAAAAAGCGUGGUGAAGAUAUGCGUAAACAGAUAUCGGAUGAACUGCGAAUAUUAGAGCAACAUCUCUACACCAUGAAGAAAGAGAGAGACAGCAUCAACAUUGAAAAGGAACAGCUGGGGAAGCUAAAAGAAAAUAGUAGCAAAAGCGAAUUUGAUACUGACAAUGUCAAACGUGAAUAUGAUUUGUUGAAAAACGAGCUGCAAGUUUUAAAACAGUUUGUGGAAUCGACCAAUAUGAGUACCAAAUGUUUGGCUGACAAAGAGACGAUAACUGAGAGUUUUGCGAAUAAUUUAUUGAACAAUGAAAAUAUAUUCCCCACCAGAAUGAAUAAAGUUAACAAUGAUCUGAAGCAGAAGAAUGUCAAUUUUAGUUUGUCUAACGAUGAAAUCUGCCGUGAUUACCAACGCCCAAGUCCAUCAUCACAAUCCAGUGAUGACCGUGAAUGUUGUGAUCACAAUUGCAAUUCUAGUCAAUUUGAAAUGCAGCGUCUGCGGGCUGAAAACCAUCGGCUAAACGUCUUAGCUCGUCAGCAAAGUGAUCAUAUCGCGACACUAGCAAACGAACGAACUCAUUUACAUUCAGAGUUUACGUUCGCGAGACCGCAAACUGCGCCGUCUUUGUUACAACAGCUUUCUAGGUCGAAUCAAGGCGCAAACAACGCGUUUGUGAGCAGUGUCGGAGGUGGUGAGCAACUAAACACGUUUCCGGAAGCUAGACCGAGGGUUCUCAUCCCUACAGAUGCGUUGCCUUUCAUUGGGGUACUAAGAGACAGACACUCUGACAACCGAAGGCAACUUAUCAACCAAUGGCGCUCGCUGCGUCGGCGAGUAGCCCCGCAGGUUGCGACUAGUUCUAGACUGAUAUACAAAGACAAGUCACCCAGAAACGAUGAAGUGACGCAAAACAACAACCGCCCAUUUAGUUUUGAACAAGAUAAUAAAAUACAGGAUAAAGUACCUACUUGUUCCUGCGAACCAAAGUUAGCGCACAACAAAGAUGUCAAUAAAAAGAGAGAGAAAAGUCCUAAGUCUGUUCUCCGAGAGGCAAAAGAGAAAUUAAGAAAUAACCACAUUACUAAAGAACUUCCACCGAUAUCACGAGAGAAGAGUCCCAACACUACUCUUAGAGAGGCCAAGCUUCGGUUAAGAAAACUAGAAAUUGAAGCAGAGGCGGUAGAACGCUCCUAUCAGGACUUUAGAAGGAGACAGCGUGAGGAGAAACUUAACGAACUUAUAGAUAGUACCGAUGAUGCGGCGAAGAAAUUAGAUAUUAAUAGAAGAAAAUCACUAGAGAAGAUAGAUAAUUCAUAUAAGAUUGACGAAAAAUUAAACAUUCGACAUAACCAGAAUUCUGUUCAGCAAGAUUUCGACAAAUAUUUAAAAGAGUAUCAAACAAAUUUUCACAUUCCACCAUACAAAAACAAAAACGCUAUUUCUGAAAUCAUCAAACCGAUUCCAGUCGCAUAUUCUGAAGUAGAAGAUAAUGUUCGCCAUGUUAACUAUCUAGAAACUCCUAUGACAGAGUUUAGGAAACUUUACCACACUCGGAAGGCUGGUGAAAAAAAGAAACCAAAAUAUACAAUGAAUAUAGUUGAAGAGUAUAAUUCUACUGAUAAACAAGAACUUGACGAUGGAACAGUAGAAAGUAAUAAAGAAAAUGAACUAAAGAUAUUAAAGGACAAUAUUAACAAAAUAUACAAUUUGACUCCAAAUAUGACUUCAUCGGUGAUAACGCCUCGAUCAGAUGAAUCAGCUAAAGAAAAUAGUAUUUUAGAAAAUAUAUCGGAAAACAUAGUUAAAAAUGUAACACCAGAUAAUCUCUUAAGGGUCGAUCUUGAAAACACUUGUGAGACUAAUAGUAUUAAAGUGAAUUCUGAAAAUGAUGUCUUAGUAGUUGUAGAGAGUUCGCUAAAUACCCAAGAUAUUUCAGACAGCGACGUUGAAGAGAAAACUAAAAUAUCUACCCAAAUGACAAUACUAGUCAGCCCGAAAGAUACAUCUGAAAUUAAAUCCGUAAUGAAAUCACCUCGUUGCGAAAAAUUAACGGAAAAUGACUUACUGGACGCCAUAUUUCAUUCUAAAGGAAACAAGGAUGUCUCAAGUAUCGAUAUGCAAUUGGAACUAUCGAAAAUAUCUUCUCUUGAUAAAGAUGGAGACAACGAAUAUCCUGACGACUUUUCAGCUGACGUCGAUAACUACAACAGCCGAUCGGAUGAGGAGCAUUCACCAAUAUCUUUAGCCAAGGAUUCAGAACAUAACUUUUGGGAUUCCUAA